AUGGAUUUAAUAGUCCAUUAUGAUCAGGAUUCAGUAGAAAAAUAUGCUGAAAAUACACUUGCCGCAUUCCAAGGGGCAAUAGAUUCAGGUGUUGAUGUUCUUGAAACAGAUCUUCAUAUUACUUUAGAUGGUAUUAUUGUUAUAAAUCAUGAUACUACAACAGGAAGAGUUCAUGAUAAAGACCUAGUAGUUUCACAAACAAAUUUAUCAGAUUUGAAAAAAUUAACAAAUAAACAAGAUUCAUCACAAGAAUUCUUAACUUUUAAGGAAUUAACUCAAUGGUUUACAAAACAAAGAAAUGAUAUAAAGAUAAUGUUGGAUAUUAAACCUUUCAAUAGUAAAUCUAUAUUUGCUAAAAUUUUAAAAGAUUUAUUAGAUAUUAAAGAUGAUUUACAAUUUUGGAAUUCAAGAAUAAUAUUUGGACUUUGGAGAUUAGAUUUUUAUGAAUUUGGUUAUACCACUGGACUUUUAGAAAAUUUCCAAAUUAUAAAUAUUGCUAUAUCAUCAGAAAUUUCCAAGCAAUUUAUUUCAUAUUCCCAAAGUGUCCCAAAAAAUUAUAAAUUAAGUGCAAUUUCCAUCUUGGAUGUUUCGUCAUGGUCUUCUGAUUUCAAAAAGUUCAAGAAAACCGUACUUGAUGCAAAUAAUAUUUCAUUAUAUCUAUGGACAGUUAAUCAUCCAGAUGAUAUUAAAAAGGCAAUUCAAUUAGGUGUUGGUGGUAUAGUUACAGAUGAUCCAGUACAAGUAAUUGCAGAGAUUAAAACUGCUAUAAGUCGUGGUCCAAAUGCAAUCAUAUAUAAAGAGCCAUCACUUUUAACAUUUGAAGGAUUGAAAUCAAAUGUUAUAUUUUAUUUAUUUAAAUUAUUUGAAUUGAUUGUGUUGAAUGAAGUUCAUACUUAUAAAAUUGUUCAAUUGGUAUUGGGUUAUACUGUUAAAUAUGUGAUUAAUCAUUCCAAAAGGGAGAAGUAG